AUGAAGUGGAUAAAUAAAAAAGAAUUUGGUAAUUUUUAUGUAGAACAAUUAGAAUCAAAUGAAGAUAUUUUCCUUUUAACACUCAAUGAUAAUGAAAAUAGAUUUAAUGAUAACAAUAUCAAAUAUUUCCAUCAAUCUUUGGACUAUGUUGAAAGCUGCGAAAAUGCAUCAUGUUUAAUUUCAACAUCAACAUCACCAAAAUUCUACUCUUUAGGUUUAGAUUUAGACUGGGUAUUACCAUUAGGAAAAGAAAAAUUUGAAACAUUUGUAUACGAUUUCCAUGCAUUACUUCAAAGAUUGUUAGUUUUCCCAAUUCCAACCAUAUGUUGUAUUAAUGGUCACUCAUUUGCAGGUGGUGCUAUGUUUUCAAUGGCCCAUGACUGGAGAAUUAUGAAAGAUGAUAGAGGUUUCUUUUGUUUACCAGAGAUUAACAUUCAUAUUCCAUUAACACCAGGUAUGAAUGCAAUUCUUCAAAAUAAAAUUACAAAUGCAAUUACCUACAGAGAUGUAGUAUUAACUGGCAAACGUUAUGGUGGCAAAGAAGCUGCAAAAUUACAAAUUGUUGAUAAAGCAUGCCAAGAUAUUUUAGAAGAAUCAGUUAAAUUAGCCGAAUUAGUUCAUGGUAAAGGUAAAGACAGAGUUACCUACCAAUGUCUUAAAUUAGAAAUGUAUAAAAAUGUAUCUGCUAAUUUACUUGAGAAAUCCAUUGGUUAUUCUUCGAAAGCUUUAGCUAAACUUUAA